AUGUCCGAGAGGGAAGUGUCGACAGCCCCGGCGGGAACAGACAUGCCUGCGGCCAAGAAGCAGAAGCUGAGCAGCGACGAGAACAGCAACCCGGACCUCUCUGGAGACGAGAAUGAUGAUACUGUCAGUAUAGAAAGUGGAACAAACACUGAACGCCCUGAUACACCUACAAAUACACCAAAUGCACCUGGAAGGAAAAGCUGGGGGAAGGGAAAAUGGAAGUCAAAGAAGUGCAAAUAUUCUUUCAAAUGUGUAAAUAGUCUCAAGGAAGAUCAUAAACAGCCAUUGUUUGGAGUUCAGUUUAACUGGCACAGUAAAGAAGGAGACCCACUAGUGUUUGCAACUGUAGGAAGCAACAGAGUUACUUUAUAUGAAUGUCACUCACAAGGAGAAAUCCGACUAUUGCAAUCCUAUGUGGAUGCUGAUGCGGAUGAAAACUUUUACACUUGUGCCUGGACAUACGAUAGCAAUACAAGCCAUCCUCUGCUGGCUGUGGCUGGAUCUAGAGGCAUAAUCAGGAUAAUUAACCCCAUAACAAUGCAGUGCAUAAAGCACUACGUUGGGCAUGGAAAUGCUAUCAAUGAGCUGAAAGUCCACCCAAGAGACCCAAAUCUUCUCCUGUCAGUAAGUAAAGAUCAUGCUUUACGAUUAUGGAAUAUCCAAACUGACACUCUGGUGGCAAUAUUUGGAGGUGUCGAAGGGCACAGGGAUGAAGUUCUAAGUGCUGAUUAUGAUCUUUUGGGUGAAAAAAUAAUGUCCUGUGGUAUGGAUCACUCUCUUAAACUCUGGAGGAUUAAUUCAAAGAGAAUGAUUAAUGCAAUUAAGGACUCUUAUGAUUAUAACCCAAAUAAAACUAACAGGCCAUUUAUUUCUCAGAAAAUUCACUUUCCUGACUUUUCUACCAGAGACAUACAUAGGAAUUAUGUUGAUUGUGUGCGAUGGUUAGGUGAUUUGAUACUUUCCAAGUCUUGUGAAAACGCCAUUGUGUGCUGGAAACCUGGCAAAAUGGAAGAUGAUAUAGACAAAAUUAAGCCCAGUGAGUCUAAUGUGACUAUUCUUGGGCGAUUUGAUUACAGCAUGUGUGACAUUUGGUACAUGAGAUUUUCUAUGGAUUUCUGGCAAAAGAUGCUUGCAUUGGGCAAUCAGGUUGGCAAACUUUAUGUCUGGGAUUUAGAAGUAGAAGAUCCUCAUAAAGCCAAAUGUACAACACUGACUCAUCAAAAAUGUGUUACUGCUAUUCGACAAACCAGUUUUAGCAGGGAUAGCAGCAUUCUCAUAGCUGUUUGUGAUGAUUCAACUAUUUGGCGAUGGGACCGACUUCGAUGA